UCUCUGCAGGACGGGAAAGCAGACUGUAAACAGGAGAAAUGUCCGCUGGUGUCUGAAGACUGUGCCCUGGUGGUGAAACAGACCGGCGCCUGCUGUGAGAGGUGUAAAGGCUGCAUGUUAGAUGGACGCUCCUAUAACAGCUCUGAAUCCUGGAUGACCUCCACCAAGCCCUGCAUAACCAGACGCUGUCAGGAAGGUGUGAUCACAGAGGCAGAGGUGCAGUGUGUCAUUCACUGCAAGAACCCAAAACACCAUCCGAAAAAGUGCUGCCCAACCUGCCCCAGUUGCAUCUUUGAGGGCCGCCUUUAUAAAGAGAAAGAGGAGUUCAGCCCUGAAGGGAAACCCUGCAUCAAGUGCACAUGCACAGGAGGGCGAACUCUCUGCAUGAAGGAGGUGUGUCCUGUGCUUUCAUGCCCCGCUCAUCUGAGCCAAACUCCUCCUGGACAGUGCUGUCCCAGGUGUAUAGGUCAGAGGAAGGUGUUUGAUCUGUCUUUUGGAAGUUGUCUUUUCCACAGUGAUGUCUAUGAGAACGGUACCUCCUUUAUGCUCGACAACUGCACCGCCUGCACAUGCAAGGAUUCAACGGUGGUGUGCAAAAAGCGGUGCUCACGUCCAGGCAGCUGCCAGGGCAGUCAGUGCUGUGACGAAUGUCUGUCUCAUGUGAAGGUGGAGGAGGUGAAGUACUGCAGAGUACGGAAUAAAAUCUACAGGGAAGGGGACAUGUGGUCGUCAGUGAACUGUACUCUUUGUGCCUGCGUUAAAGGCUCUAUUGAGUGUCGGCCCAAACAGUGCGUGCCAAUCACCAGCUGCCCCUCGAAUAAGAUCCUGAACAGAACCGGAUGUUGCCCUGUUUGCACUGAAAAACCUGGAGUGUGCACGGUCUUUGGUGAUCCUCACUACAACACCUUUGAUGGCCGGACCUUUAACUUUCAGGGAACUUGUCAGUACGUGCUGACGCGUGAAUGUGGCGGGAACCAAGCUGGAACGCCUGGAAACGGCAUCAUCAACCCGGAAUCCAGCUUCACGGUUUUGGUGAAGAACAAUGCUCGGCGAACUCACUCCUUCUCCUGGACUCAGUUUGUUGAGGUUCGACUUGGUGCUUUGAGCCUCAGCCUACAUCAGCACCUGACGGUUCGUAGGAAUGGAACCCGCAUUGCGCUGCCGUACCACGGCCCUGGGGUGCACAUUGACCUGGACGGGUACCUGCUGAAACUCACCACCAUCGCAGGUCUGGAAAUCACAUGGGAUGGCGACAGUUUUGUAGAAGUUGUUGCUGCUCCCCACCUGCGUGGUCGUCUCUGUGGGCUCUGCGGGAACUACAAUGGUCAGAAGCGCGAUGACACCAUCGGGGGCGACGGACAGUUAAAGUUUGACACUGAUGAGUUCGCCGAGUCGUGGCGAGUCGAUGGAAACGACGUUUGCGCCCAUCAGCAUCCACCUCGCAGGUCGACGUCUCACCUGUGCGCCGGCACUGUCAAAGUUAAGCUCCGGGCGCACAGAGAAUGUCAGAAGAUAAAGUCGUGGGAGUUUCAAAGGUGCCAUCGUGUGGUCGAUUUUGGCCCUUUCUACAGGUCCUGUGUGACAGACAUGUGUGAGUGCCCGGUCCAUAAAAACUGCUACUGUGAGUCUUUCCUUGCCUACAGCCGAGCCUGUGAGAGAGAAGGAGUGCCUGUACUCUGGAAGGCUGACAACGUCUGCAUGGCCACCCAGUGUAAACACGAUGCAGUCUACGACACCUGUGGACCCGGAUGCAUUAAAACCUGCGACAAUUGGAAUGAGAUCGGCCCGUGUCAUAAACCCUGCGUGGCUGGCUGCCACUGCCCCGCCAACCUGGUGUUGUUCCAGGGACGCUGCAUCAAGCCCACAUCCUGCCCUGGACGGUGACCCUUGUUACCUCUGACUGGGUGCGGGGACUCAUUUAGGGAAACUCAUCUAUCCGUAAAGUCCAAACAAGAGGGCCAACUAACAGACGACCCUGAUGGGUUCAAGUCAACCAAGCUAAUGCACAAUGGUACUCAGGGUCCAUAAUGUUGCAGAGAAAUGAUUUAACAUGAGAGAACCAAACAACAGGGACAGACUGACUCUCAGCAUGCAGUCUCUGAUGUUUUCGUGCCUCUUCUGAUGCCAGGUACUGUGACACUUUUUGAAGAAAAACAAAUUCUCAAGAGGAAACUCAGGGCAUCAUCUGGGGAUUUUUUUUUUACCUCACAUCUGAGGACCGUUCAGCUUAAUGCUUUGUGGCCUUUGAGAAACUGCUUGGACCAGAGGACUCGUCUCUGAGACGAUGGGGCGCCUUCUAGCAAAGACAGAAAUCGGAAACACUGGGUAUUUGGAUUUGUGCAUUAAUGAGAAACUUUCUAAUGCAUCAUAUCAAGCUGCCCGGCUGAUCUCUAUUCCAUCAGUGCAUACUGUAAGCUAACCAGAUUCAUAUAUGAGAAAAAAAAACUGCUUUUAUAUUAUUAUUGCUCUAAUUAAUAUUAUGUGUUGUUAAUGUUAAUUUAUAUAUCCUUCAUUGACAUGUUGUAGCAAGAGCCAGAAUCAAGAAAUCUAAUUUUGUUUGAUUUAAAGGGAAACAAAAAGCUAUUUAUGUAUUUGUUGUGUACUUUUGUGUUACUGUUUGAAGAGAAAUGCCCAAAUGUGACUCAGUUAUUGCACCAUCGCAGGGAAUAAGUACUGUAAUGUAUUAAAGCUCCAUGUACAGUUUGUUGUGGAUAGUAUAAAACUGAAGGUGUUCAUGUAAACAAAUGUUUUACUUGACCAUAACUAUUUAAAACCAGCAAUAUAUCAUUUUCUGUUUCCUCUGGCUGCUGUCUAUUUAUCGUGUCGAAUUAAUAUUGGGGUAAAUCAGCGUCUUUAAUCAGCAGAAUUUGGGAUUAAGAGUAAAAUAACUAAACGAAAAUCUAGAUUUAUACACGUUACUAUACAAUUACAGUAUUGGAGGUGAGAUUCUACGAUAUGACAAUAGAGUCAAAAAUAAAACCUGAACAAAUCUGUUAGGAGAUGAAAAUCAGG